UUUCAGCUUUGGAAGAUCUCUAACUGUCAGAGCUGGAACACACUCUAAACACAACCAUGUCAUAUGAUGAAUCAGUUGUGAUUGAAGCACCCAGUGAUAGCUUUUGGGAGGUUGGAAAUUAUAAGCGUACUGUAAAGCGCUUCGAUGAUGGCCAUAAACUCUGUAAUGACCUGAUGACUUGUCUCCAUGAACGUGCUCGGAUAGAGAAGGGUUAUGCACAACAACUCUCAGAAUGGGCCAAAAAGUGGAAGCAGCUGUUAGAGAAAGGACCACAGUAUGGAACUUUAGAGAAAGCAUGGAUGGCAUUAAUGACUGAAGCAGAAAAGGUCAGUGAGUUGCACCUAGAGGUCAAGUGUGCAUUGAUGAAUGAAGACUUUGAAAAAGUCAAGAAUUGGCAGAAGGAAGCGUACCACAAGCAAAUGAUGGCAAACUUCAAAGAAACAAAGGAGGCAGAGGAUGGAUUCCGUAAAGCACAGAAACCUUGGGCCAAAAAAUUGAAGGAGGUGGAAGCUGCCAAGAAGGCCUAUCAUGUAGCUUGUAAAGAAGAGAAAAUAGCAAUAUCCAGAGAAUCAAACUGCAAGGCUGAUUCAAAUGCAAAUCCGGAACAACUGAAGAAAGUGCAGGAUAAAGUAGAGAAGUCUAAGCAGGAUGUUCAAAAGACAAAGGAAAAGUAUGAGAAAAAUCUAGAUGAAUUGAACAAGUCCACACCACAAUAUAUUGAAAACAUGGAACAAGUUUUUGAACAGUGUCAGCAGUUUGAAAACAAACGACUAGAUUUUUUUCAAGAGGUUCUUUUGGAGGUGAAGCAACAUCUUGACCUUUCUACGACCAGUUAUAGCACUAUAUAUGAAGAGCUGGAACGGUCUGUUAAGUCAGCAGAUGCCAAGGAAGAUCUUAAAUGGUUCAGAUGUGCACAUGGUCCAGGAAUGCCCAUGAACUGGCCACAAUUUGAGGUAUGA